AUGGAUCUGAUGCAGCAGGCCAGAGCUUCAUCGACUUUCAAUCCCAUGAAGCUGACGGUCGUCAUAUACGACAACGAAGCAGCGGUUAGUUCUCGGCGAGCAGCAUUCCAUCGUGUAGAGUACGCACUGGGCCUGCACGACAACAUGAAGUUACCACAUAUAUACUCGGGCCUCGACCGCGAAGGACUGUACCUAGAAGGCGUGCGUCGGGCUCGCGUCAUCACGCAUGACAUGAUAACCCACGGCCAUAAUCAUUUCCAGUGGUUGAAUGAACGUUAUCAAAUCUGUAAUUCGUCUCCGUUCGGGAUGAACUUUCUCAUGUUUCGCCGGACUAUCGAACUGCAGGGGACCGCAGACCAGCGGCGGUACUGGCUGCAGGAGAUCGACCAGAUGAGAAUCAACGGUGCAUAUGCUCAAACCGAAUUGGGCCAUGGAACCUUUGUCCGAGGAAUCGAGACAACUGCCACCUUCGAUGUCGGUACAGACACAUUCACAAUUCAUUCCCCCACUCCUACAUCUGUCAAAUACUGGCCUGGCGGACUGGGCUUUAGCUGUUCUCAUGCCAUAGUUGCGGCGAGGUUAAUCACACGCGGAAAGGACCACGGCGUGCAUAUGUUCAUAGUCCAGAUCCGCUCGCUGGAAGAUUUUGCACCCGUGUGUGGUGUGGAGCUUGGAGAUCUGGGCAUGAAGAUGGCCUACAACGGGACGUGUAAUGGAUACGCACGGUUCAAUUACUUACGCGUACCCAGGAGCAGCCUACUCGCUGCCCAUGCUCAGGUCUCACGCGACGGCACGUAUGGCCAGGCGCAGACUAAGGUGGGCACCCUACCAGUAUCGAAAAGGGUAUACUCAACGAUGUUGGACACGCGGCGAAAUAUUGUGCGAUGUGUCGCCUUCGGAUUAGCGCAGGCUGUGACAAUUACCACGCGGUAUUCGAUUGUGCGAGAGCAGGGUCGAUUGAUGUUCUCUGAUGCGACAGAUGAAGAAGCAGCCAUCAUAAUGUUCAAGUCUCAGCACUACCGGCUGUUGACCCUCAUCGCACAAUCCUAUGCUAUCCUGUUUGCCGCAAAGGACUUCGACGUCAGGUACGAUCAGCUCGUCUGCGAACAAGAAAAGGAUGAUCACGCACGGUUGCCAUUCAUGCACGCCCUCAGCACGGGGUUAAAAGCGUGGGCCACUACUAUUGCAAGCGCCGGUGCCACAGAAGCAAGGAAGAUGUGCGGCGGCCAUGGGUUCGUUGCCCUGUCCGGCCUCCCGGAGAUCGAGGGAACGGUUUCUGCCACCGUCACGUUCGAGGGCGAGAACUAUGUGAUGUGGCAGCAGUUGGUCGUAUAUCUGUUCAAACAGGUCAAGGCAUUGUGCAGCGGCCAGGACGUCGAUAUCGAAGUGAAGGACUACAUGGGCGGCGUCCGCACAUACCUCGAUGAAGAAACUUUCCCGUCUCGUAUCCAGGGUUGCGGUAAAGAAAAGCUUUUCGAUGGCUCCACAUUGCUGUUGAUCUACAAGGAACGGUCGCAGCGACUACUAGCCACUGCGUACUCUUCUUAUAGAGAGAUGUGUAACCGCUGUUCUGCAGCAGAGGCGUGGAACACCUGCAUGAUGACGAGUCUAGCAGCCGGCCAGGCCUUUGUGGAAUAUAUUGUCAUAGAAUCAUUCCUGAGGCGGAUAUCAUCCUUAGAUACAGAGGAUGCUCCUAUAUCGGAGGCCUUAUCGCAUCUCUUCUGCUUGUUUGCUCUGACAACGAUCACAAGUCCUAGUCCGUCCUUUGCAGCGGGUUCUUUCCUUGAGCAUGGACUGCUCACUUCUGAUGAGCUCAACAAAAUUCGCGUCCGGGUCAAUGAGCUUUUAGCGCAUCUCCUCCCUAACAUUGCUGCUCUGACGGAUGCUUGGGACUUCACCGAUAGCAGCCUCUGUAGCGCGCUGGGUUGCAAGGACGGAAAUGUCUAUGAGCGGUUACUGAGCUGGACGCGGCAGCUGCCGGCAAACAGCGGGCGAGCCGUGGAGAAAGCAUGGGAAGCAUCGGAGGGGAUUGAGGAAUUUUUCAAGGCAAGUCGAUUGUAA